GCAGGCCCCCUGAUGACGUCACGGAGGCGCGACCGGGCCGGCGCUGGGGUAAGAAGCCUGCUGAGGGAUGCCCAAGAAGUUCCAGGGUGAGAACACCAAGUCGGCAGCGGCCCGGGCACGGAGGGCAGAGGCCAAGGCGGCCGCUGAUGCCAAGAAGCAGAAGGAGCUGGAGGAUGCCUACUGGAAGGACGACGACAAACACGUCAUGAGGAAGGAGCAGCGCAAGGAGGAGAAGGAGAAGCGGCGCCUCGACCAGCUGGAACGUAAGAAGGAGACGCAGCGCCUACUGGAGGAGGAGGACUCCAAGCUCAAGGGCGGCAAGGCGCCGCGGGUGGCCACGUCCAGCAAGGUCACCCGGGCCCAGAUCGAGGACACGCUGCGCCGAGACCAUCAGCUCAGGGAGGCCCCGGACACAGCCGAGAAAGCCAAGAGCCAUCUGGAGGUGCCGCUGGAGGAGAACGUGAACCGCCGCGUGCUGGAGGAGGGCAGCGUGGAGGCGCGCACUAUUGAGGACGCCAUUGCAGUGCUCAGCGUGGCGGAGGAGGCGGCCGACCGGCACCCAGAAAGACGCAUGCGGGCAGCCUUCACAGCCUUUGAGGAAGCCCAGCUGCCGCGGCUCAAACAAGAGAACCCCAACAUGCGGCUGUCGCAGCUGAAACAGCUGCUCAAGAAGGAGUGGCUCCGCUCUCCUGACAACCCCAUGAACCAGCGGGCCGUGCCCUUCAAUGCCCCCAAGUGAGCCCAGAACUUGGGGAGCCAGUUCACCCACGGGUGGUCCAGGUCACGACUCUGCACGCCCUUAGGCCAGGUCAGCUGCGAGGGUCACAGAGCGUUCCGGGCCAAGGCGCCGGGCCCCGGGGCCAUGCUCUUAUCACCAGCCACCCGUCCUCCCGCCAGAGGGUCCUUGCCCCGAGUGACACCCCAUCCCCUCCCAUCCCCCGGCGCGUGUGUGUAGAGCCUCAGGGCUGAGUGCCCAAUAAAGGUGGCGGCAAGGCUGCGGUGAGGCA